AUGAAAGAAGACGAAGACGGAUGCACGGCGCUUCGCAUUGCGGUGGCCGGCGGCCACCGCCGGAUGGUGCAAGAGAUGGUGUACAGAAACAAGAACCUGGCCGCCAUUUUCAGCGGUAAAAUAAGUCAACGGGAAGCGGCCCUGCCGGUGGAAGAGGCUUCACGGAAGGGCGAUUCCGAACUGGUCAAGUUGCUGUACAUCGUCACUCCGCUGAGGUUGCUGUUCGACGAGAACGGCGGCAAGCACGGUGCCGGCGUGCUGAAGUUUUGCAUCCAACGUGGAAUGUUCGGUAAGUUUUGA